AUGGCGGUUGUACCGAGGGCGUUAAUCUGGCUGGUGGUGUUGCUAUUAACAGUCGUCGCUGUUCAAGGAGCACCUGGAAUAAGCGACAAGUCCGGCGACAACACAGAUGUGGAAACGGCAAGACAACGUGGUCCGUUUCAUUCGGCAAUUUACCCAUUCGGUUGGGGUUGGGGCAUUGCUGCGUUUGUGAUAGCGAUUGUGAAAGGUGCGUUUUGGCUUGGCAUCAUCAUGAUCUGGGCGUUCUUCAAGGGUUUCCCGGCGAAGCACGGCUGCGCACCGAUCAUCCUGCGGGAGCCCGCUCCCUUCUACGAUCACGAUCACCACCACCAUGAGGAAAUCAUCUGGGAUAAGCCACCACACAGGAGACGUUCCAUCCGGGAAGCAGUUCGACCGGGUGAGGAGUCCGAUUUGCUGCUCACCGACAUGAUGACGGAUUUGGCGUUCAGCUUCCUUGGCGUUCACACGACGGAUUGCCGUAAGCGGUUCGUCUGUGAGGUCGAUUUUCGCGCGAAGAGUGACUUCCUGUUGAAGCUGGGCACGCGCAUGCUUGGUGUGGACAUUUUCCGGAAGUAUCGCUCGCCGGACGACGUGUCGGCGGGGAGCUUGCAGCAGUGUGCAGAGCUGUACUCGAAGUGUCGAACAGUGGGACCUUCAAUAACGUUGAACGUCUUUGAAGGGCAAAACCCGGGGUCCAUCGAUGAUUACGAUGAGGCGGUGGCUAAUCAAGAACAUUCGCAAUGA